AUGAAGGGGCCUAUCUUGGUUGGUUUCGGUGCCGUGAUUUUGACGAUAUGCACCCACUGUGUAGUUGCUUGUAGACGGUCGACAUCGGUGGGUCCAGUAGCUCCGACGAGAGGCCAGGAGCAGCUUACCGAUCCAAUCGCUGACGUCUGGUUUGGAGAACUCCCUUUCUUGAACUACAUGUGCGGCUGGCCGAAUAAGACCACGACAGGCAUGCACGUGCCAGCUAACAAUCACCAAAUCAUCAAUCCAUUCGACUUAGUUCCUGACAACAUCAAACCAUUUCAUACCUUGGUUUAUUUCAGAGGGGAUGUGUUCGAGUGGGGAGCAGGGUUGAUGCGAUCAUAUGAGAACGGCACCCUGGGACGUGAUCCUCACGGCUGCCCCAUCAAGUGGACCUUACCCGGUCAGAGUAACUGCACCACUACGGAGAUAAAGCAGGUUGCAUCCACUUAUCUGACACGUUUCGGUCGGUACGACCUGCUACUAAAUAACUGUCAUAACUUCUCCCGGAGACUGAUUGAGAAACUACUACGAGGAGAGUGUAGCCCAUUUUAAAGCCGUUUAAUGAGGGGAAGGAGCAAUAAAUAUUAACAGCGAGGUUAAGCUGCACGUUACUCGAGCAAAUACGUUACGUUGUUUCUGGGUGACGUUGCCACGUUGGGCUUCCCAGGGAGGUUUAGCUGCACGUUCAGCGUGAACAUGAACGUCAGGUACGUGCGCGCUGACGUCUUACGUGAGCAUGCAAUAAGCCCAAAAUGGCGACGUCAAAUAGAAACAACACACUUUUUUUGACGUUCAUGUUCACGUAUUUGCUCGCGUGACGUGCAGCUAAACCUCGAUAGCAAGGUUUAGCUGCAUGUAUGACGUCGGUGCGCACGUUUGUACCUGACGAGAAAAAUGACAAAUCACGCAUGCUAAAAACGUGAGAUUUAAACGACAUAAUUUUUGAAGUUCUCGUUCACGUGGAACGUGCAGCUAAACCUCCCUAUCUGUAGUUCGUAUUAAUUACUAAUUAAGUCUCCAGAGUGCAAUGACCCGGGAGCCAAUUCGUUGAUAUCCUAGAAUUGACCAUUUCUCAUAAAAUGUACAGGAGUUUUUCACAAAAUAUGUAGUCGGGCAAUCCGUCACUACAUAAAUGUAAAAAUUGUUGGGACAAGAACACACUAUUUAAAUAAAUUGGACUGUACUGUAGUAAUUGGGCCUCUUGCUCCCUUGCGAUAACGACGUGUUUUCUGCGCCCCUAAAAAGUUAAGAUAAUAUUAAGGUAAUAAUAACAUCAACUUCCGGGUAACUAAUGAACCCAAGUGUUUUAAGACAAUAGCUGGGAAUUUCAAACAAUUCAAUUCAAACUGAUAUUUAUAAUCACUUGGAUGUACACAAUUGUUUGGAUAUGCACCGAAAAUACUGAUAAGUUUUGUAAUAAAACGUUUCAUGAGUUCAGAAUUUGUUGUUUUAUAUUUUUAAAUUGUGUGAUAUGUCCAUCAAAAAUAAACAAGUUCUGCGACAAUCGGGCCGUGCAGCAUUAAUACUACUCUUAUACAGACAUCACUUCAUACAAUGAAAUUAGUUAUGAGGCUCUUUAUUACUAAAUUGGUGCUUACAGCACAACACAUUACUGAAGACAAUAAGAGCAUCUGAUGGAAACGUCAGGCUCUUUACAAGAAAAAAACAUUACAUGGUGUUAGCCUAGAAAAAAUAUAUGCUUUGAGCAAACCGACAAAUAAAAAUACAGCCUAAUUUUUAACAAUACUGCAAAUAAAAGCCAUACUUUUAACUAGGGAAACACAGUGAAUCUGUAGGAGGACCCAGUUUGUUACUGCCUGGCAAUGAACGGGGUUGGAUGACCUACCACUUUAAAUGGAUGAGUCAAAGAUGAGGCCAGCCACCAAAACAAGGCCAUUAUAAGUGGUUGUACAUUGUAUAACAGAAACAUUAACAUGCGCUGUGAAUGCCUUUUUAAUAAUUUGGGAGGCUAAUCAUCCUUACUCGUAGCUAUAAGCUGAAUUGCGAAGGUUGCAGCUACAACGUG